ACAACUGCACUCCAAGUGCUAGUAAUACAUAAAAGUCUUAAAAGUCAUCAAACAGUCUACACUCGCACUGCAACCACUCUAGGACCACAAUGUCUCACACAUCCACUCAAGCCAUACAUACGGGACAAUCCCCGGACCAGUGGACGCACCGGUCGCUCAUCGCACCCAUCAUUAACUCCACCACUUUUGAGCUCUCAGUGGAACAGCUCUUUGACCCCGAGUUCAAAGGAAAUGAGUACGACUACUCCCGAUCGGGAAACCCUACGCGCAAAUGCCUGGAGGCAGCCCUGGCAUCCCUGGAAGGGGCCCGUCAUGCCGUUGCUUAUGGCUCCGGUAUGGCAGCCGUAGUCACGUGCGCGCAUCUCCUGUCAGCCGGCGAUCACGUGCUCUCUUGCGACGAUAUCUACGGCGGGAGUCACCGGUAUUUCACUCAAUGCCUGCGCAGACAGGGAGUGGACGUCACGUUUGCCGACUUCACGGACUUAUCGUCAGUGUCGGCUCAACUCAGACCCCAAACCCGACUCCUGUGGGUCGAGACGCCGUCCAACCCCCUCAUGAAAGUGGUAGACCUGCGGGCGCUGUCAGCGUUAAGAGACUCCCGGGCCGUCGACGCCAUCAUAGCUGUCGACAACACUCUCAUGAGUCCUGUCUUUCAACGGCCCCUUGACUUCGGCGCCGACUUAUCCGUCCAUUCGGUCACUAAAUAUAUCAAUGGUCACUCUGACGUGAUUAUGGGCGCCGUUAUGACUAAUCGCGAGGACCUGUACUCCAGGCUAGCGUUUCUUCAAAAUGCCUUGGGUACCGUUCCGUCGCCUUUCGACUGUUUCCUCGCAAACCGCGGCCUUAAGACUCUGACCGCCCGUAUGGCUAUCCACCAGUCCAAUGGUCUGGCAGUGGCCCGGUAUCUGGAGUCUCACCCAAUGGUCACUCAAGUGCUGCACUCAGGCCUCGAGUCUCAUCCACAGCACGAGUUGGCCCGCAAACAGUGUCUGGGCUUCAGUGGAAUGAUGUCGUUCCGUCUGAGAGGUACAGUCCGAGAGACGAAGGCGUUCCUCAAGAAUCUGAAACUCUUCAAACUGGUGGUGAGUCUGGGAUCCGUUGAGUCUCGUGUGGAACUGCCGGCCCGUAUGUCCCACCUGUCGGUCCCCAGAGAACACCUGCGGGCCCUCACAGUCGACGACCAAUUGCUGCGGCUGUCGGUCGGCAUCGAAAACAUCGAGGAUUUGCUGCAAGACUUGGGAUCAGCUCUUCAUUGCGCCCAACAGUCACUGCGAGACAACUCGCAGUCCAAACAUAACGGUGUGAUU